AUGGACCAACCGGGCCCGCCAGCUCCCACCCGGGAAGAGAAUGAAGUCAAGUACGACACUAACAACAAUGAGGAAGACGAGGGGGAACAGCUGGAUCUCGACGGCAUAGAUGAAGCUCCAGAAGCAGACAGACGGGCUCCGGGCAGCCCCGAGGCCGGGGACACGGGAGCAGACAGCCCCGCUGCCAACACCACCAUCCCCGCCACCAGCACUGCGGCCGGAUCAGGACACGAAAAUGGCACGGGAGCGGACACAGACGCCCUGGCGGAACCACUGAGACCCGGGGUCCCGACGAGAGUCAACCCCUACUCCGUCAUCGACAUCACACCCCUCCAUGAGGACCAGCCGCCGCCUCCGGACCCGGAGGCUGAGGGGGAGGGCGGGGGCCUGCACGUGCCCAGCGGGUACUCGGUGCCUGUGCCCUGUGGCUACGCCGUGCCCUCCGGCCUGCCCCUGCUGCUGCCUGCCUACUCCAGCCCUGCCCUCACCCCCGCGGGCCCCGCAGAGGCACAGGAAGGAGCAGAAGACAGCCAGUUGAAUUCCUUGAGUUCUGAGGAUCCAAUAAACAGUGAAGGUCCAGUCCAUAAGGAGGACAGUGCCCUCACCCGGUGGGUUGCAGAUCCGGCCAAUACAGCCUGGAUGGAAAAUCCGGAAGAAGCCAUUUAUGAUGACGUGCCAAGAGAAAAUUCAGACUCUGAGCCAGAUGAAAUGAUUUAUGAUGAUGUUGAGAAUGGAGAUGAAGGUGGAAACAGCUCUCUGGAGUACGGGUGGAGUUCGAGCGAAUUUGAGAGCUACGAGGAACAGAGCGACUCGGAGAGCAGAAACGGGGUCCCCCAGUCCUUCCUGCGCAGUGACCACAAAAAGCAACUUUCCCAUGACCUAACCCGCUUAAAGGAGCACUAUGAGAAAAAGAUGAGACAUUUGGUGGCAAACGCGGUGGGCGCGGUAGAGAUUCAGCAGCUAAAGCACAAACAUGAACUGAAGAUGCAGAAGCUCGUGAAGGCCGCCAAGGAGGGCACCAAGGAUGGCCUGGAGAAGACGAAGGCUGUGGUGAAGCGGGGCCGCUCCUUCAUCAGGACCAAGUCCUUCGUCUCUGCAGACCACAGACCGUGUCUUGAAGAGGAACAGAACUUGUUCAUUGAUGUGGACUGCAAGCACCCGGAAGCCAUCCUCACCCCGAUGCCCGAAGGCUUGUCUCAGCAGCAGGUCGUAAGAAGAUAUAUUCUGGGUUCGGUUGUCGACAGUGAAAAGAGCUACGUGGAUGCUCUUAAGAGGAUUUUGGAGCAAUACGAGAAGCCGCUGUCUGAGAUGGAGCCCAAGAUCCUGAGCGAGAGGAAGCUGAAGACGGUCUUCUACCGGGUCAAGGAGGUCCUGCAGUGCCACUGCAUGUUCCAGAUCGCACUGGCCAGCCGCGUGGCCGAGUGGGACUCGGUGGAGAUGAUCGGAGACGUCUUCGUGGCCUCGUUUUCUAAGUCCAUGGUGCUGGAUGCUUACAGUGAAUAUGUGAAUAAUUUUAGCACAGCUGUGGCAAUCCUUAAGAAAACGUGUGCUACAAAACCUGCUUUUCUUGAAUUUUUAAAGCAGUGCCAGGAGACCAGCCCUGACCGCGUCACGCUGCACAGCCUGAUGAUGAAGCCGAUCCAGAGGUUCCCGCAGUUCAUCCUGCUGCUCCAGGACAUGCUGAAGAACACGCCCCGGGGACACCCCGACCGGCUGCCCCUCCAGAUGGCGCUAACGGAGCUCGAGACACUGGCAGAGAAAUUAAACGAGAGGAAGGGGGACGCUGAUCAACGCUGCGAAAUCAAGCAAAUAGCAAAAGCCAUAAACGAGCGGUACCUGCACAAGCUUCUCAGCAGCGGGAGUCGCUACCUCGUCCGCUCUGACGACGUGGUAGAAACCGUCUACAACGACCGGGGGGAGAUCAUGAAAACCAAGGAGCGCCGGCUCUUCAUGCUGAAUGACGUGCUCAUGUGUGCCACGGUCAGCACCCGCACCUCCCAUGACAGCGGUGCCCUGACAUCGACCGGCCAGAGGUAUUUGUUGAAGUGGAGCGUCCCUCUCGGACACGUGGAAGUGAUAGAAUACGGCGGCAGCGAGGGCGCGGGGGAGAAUGGCAGGGGUCCCGUGGUGCCCGCGCCCGAGAGCCUGGCAGUGGUGGCCGGCACCAAGCCAAACAGAGUUUACAUGGGGCCGGGGCAGCUGUAUCAAGAUUUACAAAACUUGCUGCAUGACUUAAAUGUCGUCGGUCAAAUCACUCAACUGGUUGGAAACCUCAAAGGAAACUAUCAGAAUUUGAACCAGUCGGUAGCCCACGACUGGACCUCGGGCUUACAGAGGCUCAUUCUGAAGAAGGAAGAGGAGAUCAGAGCGGCCGACUGCUGUCGGAUCCAGUUACAGCUCCCAGGGAAGCAGGACAAGUCCGGCCGGCCGACUUUCUUCACUGCCGUGUUCAAUACCUUCACCGCCGCCAUCAAGGAAUCCUGGAUCAACAACCUGCAGAUGGCCAAGCUCGCCCUCGAGGAAGAGAACCACCUGGGCUGGUUCUACGUGGAGGACGACGGGAAUCAGAUCAGGAAGGAGAGGCACCCCCUCCUCGUGGGACACAUGCCCGUGACGGUGGCCAAGCAGCAGGAGUUCAAGAUCGAAUGUGCCGUUUAUAAUCCUGAGCCUUACCUAAAUCAUGAGAAUCAGCCAGACUCAUUUUCCACAGCUCAUGGUUUCCUGUGGAUCGGAAGCUGCACCAGUCAGAUGGGUCAGAUAGCCAUCGUCUCCUUUCAAAACUCCAGCCCCAAGGUCAUCGAGUGCUUCAAUGUGGAGUCCCGCGUCCUGUGCAUGGUGUACGUGCCCGCAGAGGACAGGCCCCGGGAGCCCGAGAGCUCGGGGGGCCGAGUGCUGGGCGUCCCCACCGUCUGCCUGGGGACGGAGGAGGGGAGCAUUUCCGUUUAUAAGAGCAGCCAAGGCUCCAAGAAGGUACGGCUCCAGCAUUUCUUUACUCCCGAGAAAUCCACGGUCACGAGCGUGGCCUGCACGCGCCAGAGCCUGUAUGCCGGCCUGGUCAGUGGGGCCGUGGCCGCCUACGCCCGAGCGGACGAUGGAUCCUGGAAUUCCGAACCUCAAACAGUGAUAAAAUUAGGCGUCCUCCCAGUUCGAAGUCUGCUAAUGAUGGAAGACACACUGUGGGCGGCGUGUGGAGGUCAAGUGUCUGUAAUCAGUGUGGAGACUCAUGACGUGGAGAGCCAGCUGGAGGCCCACCAGGAGGAGGGCAUGGUGGUCUCACACAUGGCCAUUGCCGGCGUGGGUAUCUGGAUCGCCUUCACCUCGGGGUCCACACUCCGCCUCUUCCACACGGAGACGCUCAAACAUCUCCAGGACGUCAACGUCGCCACCCCGGUCCAUCACAUGCUGCCAGGACACCAGCGGCUGUCUGUGACCAGCCUGCUCGUCUGCCACGGCCUGCUGAUGGUCGGCACCAGCCUGGGCGUCGUGGUGGCCCUGCCCGUCCCUCGUCUGCAGGGGAUCCCCAAGGUGACCGGACGAGGCCUCGUCUCCUACCAUGCUCACAACGGGCCCGUCAAGUUCCUGGUCGUGGCCACAGCCGCCCCCAAGGCGGACAGAGACAAGCCCAGGGACAGCCCGCCCCCCGGUGCCGACCCCCAGGAUGAAGACCAGAGGGACACGCUCCCCGGUGAGGGGCCCGGGCCCUGCCCGAGCCGCAGCGGCCCCGACACCGUCUGGCUGGGGGCAUCGCUGGGCUCCCUCGCCCAGGCCAGCGACGUCUCGUCCACGUCUGGGUCCCCGACGCCUUCCCAGGGCUCGGGCUCCCUGGGGCCCCGCUCAGAGGAGAGCUUCGUCCAGGACCCCCUGCGGCUCCCCUGCAGCUCCCCCGGCCGAGGGCGGCGGGCCAGGAAGGCCAAGGCCAGCUCCGUGCUGGUGGCCUGCGGUGGACAGGGCCACCGGCGGGUGAGCAGGAAGGCCAGGCAGCAGCGGCCGGAGGAGUUGGCCUCGUCCGUCAUGGUCUGGCAGAUCCCCCUGCUGAAUGUGUGA